AUGGAAGAAACUGAAGGUGUGAAUUGUUGUAGUGAAGGUAGAAGCUCUAGUGAGAGUCGACCUCCGAAUCCUAAUCCAUCUAUUGCUUCUGCGUAUCGGCAAUGCAAACGCAAUGAUCCUGUCGUUUUGCCAUGCAGAAACUCCCUUGUUCGUCACGCUUCUCUUCAAACGAAAAUGAAGUUGUCUGAUGUAUCUGCUGAGGAUGUUUCUGAAGAUUUCCUUCCAAAGCUUCGUUCGGGAGGAUACGCUGAUGUUGGGUUCCGGUCAAGUAUGGAGGAUGUGUAUGUUUGUGUGGACCACUUUAUGCAGGAUCAUGGGCUCAACAAUCAUAUAGUUGGACCAAGUGCUUUCUAUGGGGUAUUUGAUGGACAUGGCGGGAAGCAUGCUGCUGACUUCGCUUGCAACCAUUUGCCGAAGUUCAUUCUUGAGGAUACAAAUUUUCCAGUGGAUAUUGAAAGGAUAGUUGCUUCGGCCUUUCUGCAAACAGACAACGCAUUUGCGGAAGCUUGUUCUCUGGAUGCUGCCCUUGCGUCUGGCACCACUGCAUUGGCUACCCUUGUUAUAGGAAGGUUACUGGUGGUUGCAAAUGCUGGAGAUUGUCGAGCAGUGCUGUGCCGCAGUGGAAAAGCAAUUGAAAUGUCAAGAGAUCACAAACCAGUUUGCAUGAAAGAGCAGAGGCGUAUCGAGGCAUCUGGGGGGUAUGUCUAUGACGGAUAUCUUAACGGACAACUUAGUGUCACUCGAGCUAUUGGUGACUGGCACAUGGAAGGAAUGAAAGGCAAAGAUGGUGGACCACUCAGUGCAGAGCCUGAACUCAUGACGACAAAACUUACUGCCGAAGACGAAUUUCUCAUCAUAGGCUGUGAUGGGAUUUGGGAUGUUUUUAGAAGCCAAAAUGCUGUAGAUUUUGCGCGGCGUAGGCUUCAGGACCAUAACGACCCAGCCGUUUGUAGUAAGGAUCUAGUUGACGAGGCGUUGAAGAGAAAAAGUGGAGACAAUUUAGCUGCUGUUGUGGUUUGUUUCCAGCAACAGCCUCCACCAAAUUUGGUAGCACCGCGCGCCAGAGUGCACCGGAGUUUCUCUGCUGAAGGUUUGAAGGAGUUGCAAAGCUUUUUGGAUAGUUUGGGAAAAUGA